CAGGGAUGGAUGGAGGGAGGGAUGGAGGAGGUGAUGGAGGAGGUGAUGGAGGGAUGGAUGGAGGGAAGGGUGGAUGGAAGGGACAGAUGAACGGACGGAUGGAUGGAGAAGGAAGGUGUCUGCACGGCUGCUGCCAGCUCCGAGCAGUCUGGGAGCAGGAAGCCCUUCCAAAAGGGGUGAGAACGUCACAAAGGAAUGAGCCACCAACCCCAUUGGAAUGUGACGCCGGCGCUUCCAAACCCUGCGGCCACGGAGGAGCCGGAAUGGGGCUACGGAGGAGCCCAACCCCGAGAGCCGCCGGGCGGGGAGGAGCGGAGGCGGCCGAGCUCGGAAGCGGAAGAUGGCGGUGUCGGCGCUGCAGCUGGCGGAGCUCGGCCUUCACGGAGCCGCGUUCCUCUGCGGCAUCGUCUGCGCUUCCGCCCUCACCGUGGCUCAGGGGGAGUUCGGAGGUUUUUGCCUCCUUUACGGCACCGUGAGUUGGACCGGAACGGCGUUGAGUCCCAAAUCCUUCAGCUCCGUCUCGCUCUGCUCUUUCGUCUCCGCCGUCUCCGUCGUCGUCGCCCUUUACAGCUUCUCGGCGCUCCUCUACGGCGUCUACGGCUCUUGCGUCGAGGAACCGCGGGGGGACCGCGCGUGGCUCAGCGUCGCUUUGCUCAUGGCCUUCAUCGUCCUCUUCUUCCUCCUCGUCGCCGCCUCCAUCCUCCGCGUGGGGAUGAACGCUUUGUGCGCCUCCAUGGUGGAAACCAAGGCUUUGGUCAGCUGUCAGGAAGCCGAGCGCAAACCUUGGGUUUCCUACAGCCCAACUCGUUUUUACAGCAAUCUCUACAGCGCUCAGGCGUCGGCGUGGGUGAAUGUGUUCCUGUGGUGCCUCCUGACGGUGCGGCUGUGGUGGCGGCGGCGGCGGCGCAGUGAGGAGGUUCCUUCGCAGCUGCUCCGGAGCACCGAUGCCGAAAGCGAAGGCCUUUUUGGGGGGCGCCCCAUAGGGCCCUGAAAGAAAAAGGGGGGGGGGGGUUUGCUCGGAGUAUUCUGU